GAGAGAGAGAGAGAGAGAGAGAGAGAGAGAGAGAGAGAGAGAGAGAGAAGCGUGAGGGAUAAAUGCCGAUAAGGUUUCACAAGCCUGUGUGAAAGAGACUGGCAGCCGGCAUAAGAGGGAAGGAGAGGGAGACGGAGUGAGAGAGAGACAGAGAGCAGUAGAGCAGAGCCCAGGCAGUUGGAGGAGCACUUUAUUCCCAGAGGUCCUGCCGGUGCACUUCUCCCCUCGCCCUCUGCCACUCUCUUCUCUCCAACCCAGGUGAUGUCACCGGAGCGUCUGGGCUGUGGUUGGCUGUGGAGGCUAAUCAUGGCCGUGCUGCUGAGGGUCUCUCUGGGCCACGCCGCCCCCCCCAGCCCCACCGACGGGACGGACUGCAGCGCCAGGGGUCCGGCCUCCUACAUCCUGGUGUUCACGGGUCUCUGGAGCCCCCAGACCUUCCCCAAGCAGUACCCCAUGUUCCGCCCGCCGGCCCAGUGGUCCAAGCUCAUAGCCGUGACCCACAACAGCCGGUUCCAGCUGUGGCGGGAGGGCGCGGCGGCCGGCGGCGGCGUGCAGAGCUUCGCUGAGCUGGGGCUGACGGUGGAGGUGGUGAAGGAGGCCAAGGAGGCCCGGAAGAGGCGCGCGGUGGGGGCCAUGUACCGGACGGCCGGCAUCCCCAACGGCAUCAGCCACAGCUCCACGGAGCUGCUGAUGCAGCCCCGUACCCCGCUGCUCUCGCUGAUGGUGAAGGUGAUUCCAAGCCCUGAUUGGUUCGUCGGCGUGGACAGCUUCAGCCUCUGCGAAGGCGGCCAGUGGAAACAGGAAGUGACCCUUGACCUCCAGCCGUUUGAUGCCGGGACCGACAGCGGCUUCACCUUCUCCUCUCCCAACUACCCGACCGUCCCUGUGGAGAACGUCACGCGGAUCACCUCCCAGAUGCCCCACCACCCCGCCAACUCCUUCUUCUACCCGCGGCUCAAGGAGCUCCCGCCCAUCGCCACCGUCAAGGCCAUCCGCCAGGACCGCUCGUCGGCGCGCCAGGUCCCCAUGUCCAACCACAUCCUGCCCAACUCCAUCAGCCCCCAGAGGUUCUCAGAGACGCCGCUGGACUGCGAGGUGGCGCUCUGGUCCUCCUGGGGGCUCUGUCUGGGCUCCUGCUCCCGCGGGGGGGUCCGCCACCGCAGCCGCUACAUCCUGCUGCGGCCCGCCAACGCGGGCACGCCCUGCCCCGAGCUGGAGGAGCAGGCCGAGUGCACGCACCACAACUGCCUGAGGCGGCAGUAGUGAGUCGUAGUGAGUGGCGGCCCCAGUGAGGCGGUGCUGGCCGGGGGCCCCGGGCCCCCCCACUCUGGGGCCGCCACUCACGUUACUGCUGGACUGAGACGAAGACGACGCCGCUGAGGUCAGGAGGAGGAGGAGGAGGACGACGACGAUGAAGAGGACGACGGCGAUGAAGAGGACGAUGAGGAUGCGGUCUUUAUCGGAAAAAAAGUGCACGUUAUCACUUCUCAGGCGAUGCUAUCCAGACUUUGUUGCUGUUGUUCCUUCUGUCCCUUUGGGGCAAGGACAUCACCGGUCGUUUGGCUUUGGUGUGCGUGGAAGAGGGGUUGCUGAGGGAUGCUUGUUUGUGUUGCCCUGCGUCCCCACAGGAUUAGAUGAAUAAUGGUUCCACUUAACUCACUCCUCUGCUGGGGUUUCAGAAGACGCUAAUAUAAAGGCUUUCUAGAAAUGUCUCUAAAACUGAAGUGGGAACUUAUAAAAAGUGGAUUGUAUUUGUAUAGCCCUUAAUCACAGUUCCAGACUCAAAGGGCUUCCCAGGCCAACAGUAUACCAAUAGAGUCCGAGGAGGAAGCCUUGAGAGGGAACACAGGAGAGGGUCACUCCUUCCAGAGGAGAAAAGAUGGAUGACCAAUGUAUGUCUUCAAUGUCCCUAAUAUGUACAGUUGCUAGUGGUUCACCAGUGGACAAACAUCACAAAUGCACAUUAUCUGUGAUAGGAAAGACACAGAAACACACACACACACACACACACACACACACACACACACACACACACACACACACACACACACACACACACACACACACACACACACACACACACACACACACACAGAGUCACACAGAGGUUUUGCACAUGCUUCUGAAGGCAUGGGGUCAUUAGUUUACAUAGGUAACCUACAGGCCUAUAUGCAGUGCUUUUAAAAUAACUCCUGCCUGAUUUAUAAAUAUCGCCACGAGAAACAUCUCAUUGCUCUUGUUGAAAUAGAAACGUCUGUUUGGAAUUUCUAGCCCACUUGAAAAAGAAGUGCAGGGUUUUAUAGCUGGUUAUAGAUUUGUAUUUAUCACUUUUGAUAUAGGAAACCAUGUUGAGAUUUUGUACAUAUUUUAAGGUGCAUCUUGUAUAUUUCAUAAAUAAAUUCGGAGGAGGCUAUAAAGGUGA